UGGGAGAGAGAGAGCGACACCACGCGCGGCAGGCCGCCGCCGUGGUCCCGAUGCGACAGCAGGCCGACUUCCUUGAGUGUCAGCUUCUAAAAGACAAGUUGGCAGAGGUGCCAGUGGAGCCGGUGAGCUACCAGGCAGCCAAGGCAAGCCGCCAUAUCCUGAUGACGGCGGCGCUGGUGACCUGCGUUGGUCGGCCUUCACACGUGACGGGGCUGACGGUUCCUUAUCUGAAGGCCGCAAAGGCAGCCAUCAUCAACGGUAAGAAGUCCCGGCUCAUCCGGAACACCGACUACACGACUGCCGACUCAACGAUCCUGGACGUGACAGUGCCAGAGGCCAUGUGGAACGGAUGAUCCUCUUCGUCGACCGGGAGAGGCCGGCAAUAUACUGCGGCGCCGGCU